GUCGACUAUUGCAUGCAAUGCUGGGACAAGGCUCUGGCCAAGAGCUUCAACGCAUGCGCCAAGGCUGCGCGGAGGGGCCUCUUUGUCGGGUGCACUCUCCGUGCCAUGCAGUGCCGUGUCUACGAUGGCGUCAUUGUUCUCCACAUGCCGGGGCGUGCUCUGCGUGGCAAGCUGGGCCGUGCAGUGCUGAGCUCGGCGCGCCACGUCGGCCCCACCUCCCGAGCAGCCUCGCUCCUCCGAUGA